GAGGUUUUAAACGGGUCGAGGAGCAGCGUAUUAGCAACAUGAUGGCGGCGUCCACACGAGCACAGGUGCUUUCUCUGUACAGGAUGAUGCUGAUAGAGAGCAAGAAGUUCCCCUCGUACAACUACAGGACCUAUGCACUGCGGCGGGUGCGUGAUGCCUUCAGGGCCAACAAGAAAGUGGAGGAUCCAAAAACUGUGGAGAGACUGAUGCUGGAGGGACAGCAGACACUGGCACUGAUACAGAGACAGUUGACUCUGAAGAUUGAGUCCAAACUUUAA